AUGGCUCUAUUAGACCUGUGCCGUUUAGAUGAAAAAAUUAACUUGAAACCCGCUGAUGCACUAGCUUCCUUCCAAAAUGAUGUAAUCGGAUACAGUCAGAACUUCAUAAACAGCGCUCAACUCGCAUCACCUCCGUUUUCAAAUCCUGUAGAAACCUUAGCGCAGUUCAAUCAGAGAGAUGAGACGGGCAAGGCGAUCAAAAUUCAGUUCGACCACGGCACCACUACCCUGGGCUUCCGUUACCAGGGUGGAGUCCUAUUGGCGGUAGACUCUCGUGCCACUGGCGGUCAGUUCAUUGGAUCACAGUCUAUGAAGAAAAUUGUAGAGAUCAACGACUAUUUGCUAGGAACAUUGGCCGGUGGUGCUGCUGACUGUGUAUACUGGGACCGUGUCCUUGCCAAACAAUGUCGCCUCUACGAGCUACGUAAUAGAGAACGUAUUUCAGUGGCCGCUGCCAGCAAACUCAUGGCUAACAUGGUGUACAACUAUAAAGGCAUGGGGCUCAGUAUGGGUAUGAUGUUGGCUGGUAUUGAUAAGAGGGGAGCACAAUUGUAUUAUGUAGACAGUGAAGGCACACGCACACCCGGCAAGGUGUUCUCUGUUGGUUCAGGAUCUGUCUACGCGUUCGGUGUGCUUGACAGUGGGUACAAGUGGGACUUAUCUGAUGUUGAGGCACAAGAACUCGGUCGUCGUGCCAUCUACCACGCGACCCACCGCGACGCGUACUCGGGCGGUAUCGUUCGCGUGUACCACAUCAACGACAAGGGAUGGGUCAACAUAUCCAACGAGGACUGCUCAGACCUCCACUACAAAUAUCAGGCAGAGAAGGGUAUCACUGAUGCUUAG